AUGACGUCAGGAACUGGAGCUCACUGCAUUGCAGAGGAGACGCAGUGGAUGUUCACUGACGACGGUUCUACUAUUGAGGUUCGGCGCAUUCUGGGAAACACACCCCAAGUUCACUGUAGCGUGAGUGACCCUCUGGAUUUGGUUUUUGGUUACUUGACGAUGGAGGAUUCGUCCACAGAGGAAGUUUCUGCUGUCAUAUCAAGUAAUGUACGCGGUUUUCUUACCAUCGAUCAUGUAGUGCAGUUUUUCUUUGAGGUUGUUGCGGAUAACACCGGUGCAGUGGAGCAGACGACGUACACCAAAGCACUGGAAGCUGCCAAACUUGAGGCGAAGGCUCAACACGACGGCCUGGAACAAACAAAAGCUUCAAAGAGCUCCAAAGAAAAAGUCCCACUGCCAACGCUUGCUGUCUUGGAAGAGGCACUCAUAUCGCAGAUUUCUGUCCCCAAGGAACGUGAACAGGCAAAACCCAUGGUAAUCGCGCGAGCCUUAUUCCGAGAUGGGACAGCUGUUACAUUUUCUGCCGCAGAAAAGUGCUUGCAUUUUGCUGCCGUUCGAAGUCUAUGUCAUUUCUUGUUGGCCGAUCUCGUGGUAGAUGUUUGUGUGGGGGACUGUCUACGAAGCAUUCGGGUUUCCCAUAUUGAUGCCAUUACCGUGUACGUUGAUGGAUGCGUUGUGAUACAUUCUCAAGAAGUAGAGGGGUACCGUGUUUCUCUGGAUGUAUUGGGAAACUACAUAACUGUGAACUCGGAGGGCAGUAUGUUGUAUGUGACAGCGUCAGGAAAGCGUUCAAUAGUUAAGGUGGACGGUCAAACUUUGGAUUUGGAACCGCUUAUGGUCGCAGCAAAGGUGGACACACAUACAGGUGCCCAGGUGUUGUUGCGACAAGACGGUGUACAGGUUGUGUUGGGCUCUGGGGGUGGGGUAGAAAAGAUCACCUACUGCACAGGAUGCUCUUGUGUCAGAUCAGACGGCGAAAAUGCGUGGCACUUCAAGGGGUUCCCAGAGAUUCGAUUUAACUCUGAAGCCGGUCGACUGGGGUUUACGGUUGACCGCAUGGAGGCAAUUAUGGACGUUGGGGAGCAGACUCUUCACAUGAUUCACCACCGAAGUGGUGGUGAGGCAAUCCUUGACUGGACAAAACAUUGGAUGCAUGUGCGAACCAUGCCCAAUGGGAAUUGCUUCACGAUAGACUGUGCCUUUGGUGGACUUGUGGCAUCAUCCGACGUUUCUCAUUACUACGUUUCUCCAUUUGGGCGAUGUGGAGAAGUCCGAGAGGAUGUGUUCAAGGAGCCGGAGAUUGUGAAUCAGGAGUUUCUACAACGAUAUGAGGGAGCAGGUGGGAAUUUUGGGGAGACGGCGCUCCAGAGCAAUUGCUGCAUGCUUAACUUUCCCAUCAAGCUCAUGGAUUCCAAUUGCCGUCCCACAAUGGAGCCGAAACCUACGACAUUAUCCAGCUACACGCGGUAUGCGGAAGGAAGUCUUGAGAGUUUGCGGGUUUCUGGUGUUCGACAGAGCAAAGACCUCUUGCGGGGAGUGGUGGGCACGCGUGGGGGAAACGGCGAUGAUGGAGUUUUGGUCUUCAUGAUGCCAUGGCUUUCAAACGUGUUGCUUCAGCGUUUGAAGAAUGACAUCAACCCAACCUACUCGCGCCUGUUUCUGGGACUUUCUCUUCUUGGGGGGGACGUUCAGGAACACAUUAUCUUCCUCGAGUCGUCUCAUGAGGGCGCACGGGAGGAGCGAGGGUCCACAACCCCAAUGGCAAGUUCUGUUGCGCAGUUCUUGCUCACUUCCCAGCUGCCCAAGGCAACCGAGGCUCCAUGUGGGGACAACGUGCAUGCAAUGCGCAUUCUCUUAACAAGAGAAGGAGCCGUUUUAAUGACGGAUGACGUGGCAACACUACUGCGUCACGAUCGUCUUUCCUCGUCUGCAGCAGAAAAGUGGUCGAAAGCAAUGCAGACACUGCCUCUUGUAGAAACGGCAGAAGUGACGGCCCUGAAUUCCUCGUACGAGACGCGGCGUUCUGAACCACUUUAUGCUUAUACUGUAUCCGGGCGAAGCUGCACACGUCCAGUUGCACCGCGUAAGGAAGCACGUGCGACGCGGGAUGCAAAGUAUAAUUUUUGGCGUUCUACUGGAAUUCUCGUCGCGGCAGAGGUGAAGGAAGCUACUUUGAAUGAAAGGAACGACAAUGCAUCUACAGGGAUUUUGACAUCCGAGGGAACGCAUGCACCUUUUGCCCUUGCAGCAUCCCCUGCAGCGGAUAUCUCAGAGCCCAUUAAAAAUAAGGGCUGUUGGGUUCCCUUCAUGCACACAAUGUUGAAGAAGGAGAUGCCGCCACAGGAAUACCGCUCCGUUCCCUCGCUGUCAGUGACACCUUCAGUGCUUUCCUUUGGACGCCUGCUAAGUGGAAACCGCUACGCUAUACCUUUAACCCUUACAAAUACCUCGACUGUCCCCUGUCGCUACCGUGUCACUCUUCCCACAGAGUACAGAUCCAUUCUGCGCGUUCACUACCCGCGGCAUUUUUUGGCACCAGGUCUUACUGUUGUGGCACAAGUGGAAGUUUCAGGAACACAGCCACCUGGGACAAUAUCAGUCGUACUCGGUGUCACACACGAGGGAGGGAGUGUCACAGUGGCAGUGCACCUUGAGACGGUAGAGAAAAGUGAUGAGCUUUCGUCAGCGAUUGCGGAUGACACGACGGCGGUGUUUUUGGGUCCCACUUUGAUUAAUUUAUUUGUUCCCGGAACCACAAGGCGUCUUCCUCCGCUUCAUAUUCUUAAAGGAGAGGAAGCGAAUAAGGAAGCUGCUGCUGAUGCUCUUGAAUCAAUGUAA